CGUUUGAAAGAGGAAGACGCCAAAGUCCAAAACAUUUUUGUUAAACAACAUAUUUGACAUGUCAGCAUGCAAAGUGUUUGUCACAGCGGACGAAUAAACGUUGCCACAGCAAAAGCAACAAAACGUCACUUUCUUAUAGUUUGUCACUUUAAUUGUUGUGCCGAAAAACACCGGAACUUUUGCUACGCUCGGCUAGCUAGCUAGCUAGCAGGCUCCCUACAGUACAGUGGCGCUCGCUGACUUCUGCACACCAUUUGAAGAAGGUAAAGACGUCAAAGAGCGCCCGGAGAUGUCCGCUUUCAGUUGGACCGCGGUGGUCCUCACCUGCCAGCACAAAGACAGUGUGGACGCCUUCCGGAGAGAGUUGCUGUUGCGUCAGCGCGGCGGUUUGGUGAGCGCCGGUACGAUGCUGCUGACGGUACCGGACCGCCGGGAACCGUUGGGCAGCGGGGGAGCCACGCUCAACGCCCUCCUAGUGGCCGCCGAACACCUGAGUAGUCGGGCGGGAUACACGGUGGUGACGGCUGACGUUCUGGACGACGCUCGCAUCCUCGUCCUCCACACGGGUCGCGAUUUCCCGUGGAGCCCUUGCAGCCGAGCCUUUUCCUGGCUGCCGGCGGAGGAUCCGUCUCUCUCGGCGCAGGCCCCCGUCUGCUGCGUGGACGUGCUGUUGACUUGCCUCGCCCGACAGGUCUGCCCCGGUUCUCCUCCCGGCGUUUGGGUUUGCAGCACCGACAUGACGUUCACCCUCCCCGAAGAUUUCGCGUUGUCUUGGGAAAACUUCUCCGGCGUUCUGGCCGUGGCGCUCCCCGGCGACGUGUCCUACGCCGUCGAUCACGGCGUCUACUUGAGCGACGGAAAGGGCGGCGUCGGAGACAUCGUUUACAAGGGCAGCCCGGAGAGCGUCCGGCGAGCGCUGAUGCACGAUGGGAAAGUUCCUCUGGUGUCGGGUCCAGUUUUCUUCAGCCGCGCAGUGGCCGAGAAGCUCCUGCAGAUGCACGUGACGCCUCCUCUGGACGGUUGCACCUACCUGGGCUUGGAUUCUGGCGCUCCGCCUCUCCAGCUGUCCCUCUUCUUGGACAUCCUGAAGUGUCUGUGCCGGGACGUGAGCGAGGAGCAGUUUGUGGACGGCGCUCCCGCGCCACAGGGGGCGACCGUGCGGCGCGGCAGAAAGGAGCUGUGGCGCAUCAUGAGAGGGACAGCGCUCCGCCUGGCAUAUGUUCCGGGAGGUCGCUACGACUACAUGACGCUGUCCGGGAAGCAGCACAUCCUCCGUUUGACCCGUGAGCCCACGGGGGGAAAUGCCCUCUCACACAUCCAGGUGGAAAGCGACGUGAGCCCAGGCGCGCGGGUUAUCAACAGUGUUCUGGAAGGCUCGGUCGCCGUGGCCGCCGGCUCCGUCGUGCAACACUGCCACCUCCAGGGUCCGCUGCGUGUCCCUUCCGGUUGUCUGCUGUCUGGCCUGGAGGCGUCACCUGAUGCGGGACGACUGGCGCUGCGCCAGGACGUCAUCCUUCAAGGACAUCGCGUCCUACUGGGAAAUCGCAAGCUGACAGUCUACACCGUGAUGGGAGCGCUGGACGACCUGGAGCUGUGCUGCGACGACGAAGGCGCGUCCUUCCUCAACGCGCCUUGGAGCGUCUUUUUCAGCACCACCGGCGUCAGGCCGGAAGACCUCUGGGCGUCGGGAGAACGGCGCUCCCUGCUGGACGCGCGCCUCUUCCCCGGCGAGGGCGCGGCGUGGGGCGCGGCCUGGCUGCUGGGCAGAGGAGGCCGCGCUCGCCGUUGGCGCCGGGCCCGCCGGCUGUCCCUGAAGGAGGUCCUGUCGCACACGCGACAGGAGGCGGAGCUCCGGCGGAGGGAGGCUCUGCUGUUCCUGGCGGGCAGGAAGCGGGUGCGGGACGCCCUGAUCCGGCCGGGCCAGGUCUGCCUGCUUCCCAUUUUCAGGGCCGCCGUAGCGGGCGGCCAGCAGGCGGCGCUGCUCGGCCUACUGGACGAGUUGGCAGGGGGAAACGGAGCCGAGUGUGAGGAGGAAGAGGAGAAGUCACGCGAGGACGCUCGUGUCCCCGAGAUGGGCGUGUCGGCCCGCUGCCUGGCGUGCGUGGCAGACGUCUUGUCGUGUUGGGCCGAGGCGGAGGGCGGCGGCGGGCUGAGGAGCGGGCCGGCCGCCAACCGCGGCUGGAGCGCCGCCUACUCGCUGUUGGAAAAGGGCGAUCUGAAGGGCGGGGUCCGGGCUCUGGCGGCGCAGCGAGCACAUUGGCUGGGCAGGCCAGACCUGCUGGUGCGGGCGGCGCGCCACUACGAGGGCGCCGCUCAGGUUCUGCUCCGCCGGGCCGUGAUGUCGUCGCAGAAGUUUGCGGAAAUCAGCCAGGGGGAUCUCCCGCCUCACGAUCGGUGGCACGAAGCCGAGUGUCCCGCCAGGAUCGACCUCGCCGGCGGCUGGAGCGACACUCCGCCCCUGGCCUUCGAGCACGGCGGCUGCGUGACCAACGUGGCGGUAAAGAUCGACGGCCGGCGACCUAUCGGCGCCCGGGCGAGGCGCGUCCGGGCGCCGCGCCUCUUACUGGUCAGCCGCGCCGGGGGGCGGGACUCCGACGUGGCCACGGAGACGCUGUGCGAGACCGUGGAAGACCUCUGGGACUACUGCCAGCCCAACGCCCCCGGGGCUCUGCUAAAGGCGGCGUGCGUGUGCGCCGGCGUGGUGUCACCGUCCUCCCCGGAAACUCUUGAGUGUCAGCUGACGUCUCGCUGGGGCGGCGGUCUGGAGCUCCACGGAUGGUCGUCGCUACCCACCGGCUCGGGACUCGGUGAGAGACGCCGGUUGACACGGGGGAGGGGAGGCUUGAUGACACGACGCGACGCUGACCCGCAGGUACCAGCAGCAUCCUGGCGGGGGCGUUGUUGGCGGCUAUCUACGAAGCCACGGGGCGGUCCUACAGCCGGGAUGCGCUCAUACACGACGUGCUGCACUUGGAACAAGUUCUCACCACAGGGGGCGGCUGGCAGGACCAGGUGGGAGGUCUGGAGGGCGGCAUCAAGGUGGGGCGCUCCCAAGCGCGCCUGCCGCUGCGGGUGCUCGCGGAGCGGCAGCGCACCCCGGACGGCUUCGUCCAGACCCUGGAGCGCCACCUCCUGCUGGUCUACACAGGGAAGACCAGACUGGCGCGCAACCUGCUGCAGGAUGUGGUGCGCAGCUGGUAUAGUCGUCUACCCGCGAUGGUGCGCAACGUCGGCGAACUGGUCGCCAAUGCCGAGGACUGUGCCAAAGCUUGCCAAGACGGUUGUCUGUCGGCGCUGGGCGUUUGCCUGGAUCGCUCGUGGCGUCACAAGAAGCGGAUGGCGCCGGGCUGCGAGCCGGCCGCCGUGCGAGCCGUGAUAGAGGCGCUGCGGCCUCUGGCGAUGGGGCAAUGCCUAGCCGGCGCCGGGGGCGGCGGCUUCCUCUGCCUGCUGACCCGCCUCCCCGACCGGAAGGACGCCGUCUUCGACGUCCUCGCCCGUACGCCGGUGAGUCGACUCUUCCGCCGC